GCUGGGCAAACCACGUGACGGGCAGCCGUUGUUGUGAAGUGAAGAAAGACGCUGUUGAAAGUUUACUACACUGAUCUCCGUGGUUUACUGUUUAAAAAGUAGAUAGAUAGAUUACUUAACAGUUUUAUUACUAACGUAUUCGUAUUGCACGAUUUAGUGUAAAAUAUUAAAAUAACGUAAUGUGAGGAAAUGGCCGUUCACGAGCUAUUUUGUGUUAAGAUGUUUUUAAACUGUUGUGAGAUCUAAAAUGUGAAUUUCAUUUCUAAUAACGGAAGUUCACAGUUAAACCACUGCAAUUAAUAAAUUAGUAGCGUAAGUGAUACCAGGGACGCACUUGGAUGCAUCAGGAACCGAAGAAUGCCGCUGCUCUUCCAGGAUUGAUCGCUACAGACGGCAGAGGGAGCCCUUAGAGCUGGAGCUGAAAUUUCCGGACAACCACUGCAGCUGGAACCAAGAUGCACGUCACCCAACCCUACCUCACAACCCCGUCAUGCACCACGUCUGGACCCGCACGUCCCCCAACCCUACCUCACAACCCCGACCUGCACGUCACCCAACCCUACCUCACAACCCCGUCAUGCACCACGUCUGGACCCGCACAUCACCCAACCCACCUGACCACCCCGACCCGCACGUCACCCAACCCUACCUCACAACCCCGUCAUGCACCACGUCUGGACCCGCACGUCACCCAACCCUACCUCACCACCCCGACCCGCACGUCACCCAACCCUACCUCACCACCCCGUCACGCACGUCACCCAACCCACCUCACCACCCCGACCCGCACGUCACCCAACCCUACCUCACCACCCCGACCCGCACGUCACCCAACCCUACCUCACAACCCCGUCAUGCACCACGUCUGGACCCGCACGUCACCCAACCCUACCGCACCACCCCGACCCGCACGUCACCCAACCCUACCUCACCACCCCGUCACGCACGUCACCCAACCCACCUCACCACCCCGACCCGCACGUCACCCAACCCUACCUCACCACCCCGUCACGCACGUCUGGACCCGCACGUCACCCAACCCUACCUCACCACCCCGACCCGCACCACAUCUGGACCUGCACAUCACCCAACCCUACCUCAGCACCCCGACCCGCACGUCACCCAACCCUACCUCACCACCCCGACCCGCACGUCACCCAACCCUACCUCACCACCCCGUCACGCACGUCUGGACCCGCACGUCACCCAACCCUACCUCACCACCCCGUCACGCACGUCUGGACUCGCACGUCACCCAACCCUACCUCAGCACCCCGACCCGCACGUCUGGACCCGCACGUCACCCAACCCUACCUCACCACCCCGUCACGCACGUCUGGACCCGCACGUCACCCAACCCUACCUCACCACCCCGUCACGCACGUCUGGACCCGCACGUCACCCAACCCUACCUCACCACCCCGUCACGCACGUCUGGACCUGCACAUCACCCAACCCUACCUCGUCACCCCGACCCUGACCACGUCUGGACCUGCACAUCACCCAACCCUACCUCGCCACCCCGACCCUGACCACGUCUGGACCUGCACAUCGCCCAACCCUACCUCACCAACCCGUUACGCACGUCUGGAACCACACAUCACCGAACCCUACUCACCCCCCCCGACUCGCACGUCACCCAACCCUACCUCACCACCCCGUCACGCACGUCUGGACCCGCACGUCACCCAACCUUACCUCACCCCCCCGACCCGCACCACAUCUGGACCUGCACAUCACCCAACCCACCUCACCACCCCGACCCGCACGUCACCCAACCCUACCUCACCACCCCGACCCGCACCAUGUCUGGACCCGCACGUCAACCAACCCUACCUCGCCACCACGUCUGGACCUGCACAUCACCCAACCCACCUCACCACCCCGACCCGCACGUCACCCAACCCUACCUCACCACCCCGACCCGCACCAUGUCUGGACCCGCACGUCACCCAACCCUACCUCACCACCCCGAACCACACGUCACCCAACCCUACCUCACCACCCCGACCCGCACCAUGUCUGGACCCGCACGUCACCCAACCCUACCUCGCCACCCCGACCCGCACCACAUCUGGACCUGCACAUCACCCAACCCACCUCACCACCCCGACCCGCACGUCACCCAACCCUACCUCACCACCCCGACCCGCACCAUGUCUGGACCCGCACGUCACCCAACCCUACCUCACCACCCCGAACCACACGUCACCCAACCCUACCUCACCACCCGACCCGCACCAUGUCUGGACCCGCACGUCACCCAACCCUACCUCAGCACCCCGAAACACACGUCACCCAACCCUACCUCACCACCCCGACCCGCACGUCACCCAACCCUACCUCACCACCCCGUCACGCACGUCUGGACCCGCACGUCACCCAACCCUACCUCGCCACCCCGACCCUGACCACGUCUGGACCUGCACAUCACCCAACCCUACCUCGCCACCCCGUCACGCACCACGUCUGGACCUGCACACCACCCAACCCUACCUCACCACCCCGACCCGCACCAUGUCUGGACCCGCACGUCACCCAACCCUACCUCAGCACCCCGAAACACACGUCACCCAACCCUACCUCACCACCCCGACCCGCACGUCACCCAACCCUACCUCACCACCCCGUCACGCACGUCUGGACCCGCACGUCACCCAACCCUACCUCGCCACCCCGACCCUGACCACGUCUGGACCUGCACAUCACCCAACCCUACCUCGCCACCCCGUCACGCACCACGUCUGGACCUGCACACCACCCAACCCUACCUCACCACCCCGACCCGCACGUCACCCAACCCUACCUCACCACCCCGUCACGCACAUCUGGACCUGCACAUCACCCAACCCACCUCACCACCCCGACCCGCACGUCACCCAACCCUACCUCACCACCCCGUCACGCACGUCUGGACCCGCACGUCACCCAACCCUACCUCGCCACCCCGACCCUGACCACGUCUGGACCUGCACAUCACCCAACCCUACCUCGCCACCCCGACCCUGACCACGU